CUGGCUGCGGCGCGGCGCUGGCUGCGCGGCGGCCGUCGGCGGAGGGGCGCGUUCGGUCCGCGGCGCGGGGCCCAGCGGCGGAACGCGGAGGAGGAGCGGUGCCCGCCAGCGGGGCGAGGGGAGGCUGAGCGGCCAGAGCAGGUAACAUUUGUUGAAGGCAACAAUGGAACGAUUCGGAGUGAAGUCUGCUCCAUCACGUAACCGGUCAAAGACUGCUUUGUACGUAACUCCUCAGGAUCGUGUGACCGAGUUUGGCAGCGAGCUGCACGAAGAUGGAGGAAAACUCUUCUGUACUUCCUGCAACGUGGUUCUGAAUCACGUUCGCAAGUCUGCAAUCAAUGACCACCUCAAGUCUAAAACACACACAAAGCGAAAGGCAGAGUUUGAAGAGCAGAAUGUCAGGAAGAAGCAAAGGACUCUGACUGCCUCCCUUCAGUGCAACAGUACUGCCCAGCCAGAGAAAACCAGCGUCAUCCAGGACUUUGUGAAAAUGUGCCUGGAAGCUAAUAUUCCCCUUGAGAAGGCUGAUCAUCCGUCCGUGCGGGCCUUCCUGUCCCGCUAUGUCAAGAAUGGCAGUUCGAUACCCAAGUCAGACCAGCUAAGGAAAGCAUACCUGCCUGAUGGGUACGACAAUGAGAACCAACUCAUCAAUACUGAAGACCGUUGAGAAUAAAACUGUUUUCAUCACUGUUGUGAAGUUUUACAUAUCGAUGGUGUGGUUUAUUUUUAUAUUCAUGCAUAUAUACAGUGUUACAUAUUGGUUUUACAAGCUAUUUUGUAUUAUUGUAGAAAUGACAAUCUAUUUGUGAACUUUUGCGGUAUGCCGCAAACUGUUACUAACCCUGCUGUAGACUUCAGAGCUACGUUGAUGUAGAACUCAUGAUGAAUGUAGGGAAUGUACCCGGCAUACAACUUUAUCCACGUUCAGUCCCGCUGUAACAGACGCUAAGAAAAAGACACUUGGAUGGAGGACCUCACUUACCUAAACUGUGCUUCUAAACACCUUCUAAAUAGGGAUUGUUAAUCGUGUCAGUGGAUUGCUUUGUCCAGUGUCCUGUUUGUGAAUUACCAAGAAGUGCUGCACAUUUGAAAUGCAAGAAGCUGUAGAAUGGUUAGUUGAAAUAGAACUGCUCUGUUGAGGGAAGAUUACUGCAAAUUCCUGUUCAUGUUCAGUUUACAUUCUAAAACAGGAAUCAUUUUUCUUCUGUAAUACUCUCUUAUCCUGUUUGAUGCAACUGGGGAUGUAUCUGUUAUCUAACCUAAAUUGCUGGUCUUUUUUUAUUGACUUAUAAACUCUACUAUUCUCAUAGAGCUAGGAGUUCUGCAAGUUUACCGUGCCACUUUAAAAAAAGGAAAACAAACUCCUGUUACAUUGUCUCAGUUUAACACAUCCCCUUCAGUGUCAGUGCCAAUCUUUGAAAGUUGAGUAGACAAACCAGUAACUGAGCAUGGUUUGCAGUGCAGCUGCUGGCAAGUGAAACUUAAUAUCGACCAAUAUCUUACUACUGAGUGGGUGAAUUAAUGCUUUUUUUUUCUUACUAGCAGGACAAAGAACGCUAAAUCUAAAUUGAGAGUGGGGGAGACAUUAAAUCAUGGAGUUGAGAAAGCUUUUAUAGUGCACAAGAGAUGCCUCCAUCUUUCCCUGAAGGUCCUCUACAUCUCUGGCUAUGUCCUCAGUCUUUUAGUCAGAGGAGGUAAAGUGGCUAAAAUAGUUUUCAAAACAUUUACUGCAAAGGCUAUUCAGUACCCAUAAGCGCAAUUAGGAAACCGUGUAUACUUUGAAGCUCUACUGGAAUUACAGACCUGGGCUGUAUUUCUUACUCUGCACCAAGGCCACAUCUACUGAACUCUCAAAAAGUAAAAUAGGAAAUGUAAGAAUUUCUAUAAUGUUACCCCUUCCCCAAUUCUAGUAAGCUGUUACUGAGCUAUUCCUAGUUAUAAUGCCAAACAGUCCAGUCGUGAAGGUGCUCUAUAAAGUUUCCAAAUAAAAUGAGGAAGUAUUGUGUAAAGUGUUGGAAUGUGACCAACUCCUGCCUGCUCUAGAUUUCCUUGAGAUUAUCUGUGUUUGGGGAGGUGCCAAGCAUCUUCUAGCAGCACAGAAGUCCUCUGCUUAGUGGAUACAAUGGUGUAAGCAUGCUCCCUCAGGUGGAUGCAGUUGUUCUGUCCGGUUUCCUUUCCCCAGAAGGAUUUCACUGUUUCUCAGCACUUCUUUUGUUCCAGAUAUUUACAGCAAUACUAAGGAGUUGCUAAAAAGACACAAGGUAACCUGCUUAUUUUGUUUACAUAGCUGUUUCCCUACCUAUUUCUAUAGGAGUCUUCUGCUGGAUUGAGAUUUACACACAUGCUGAGAACUGGUUUCUGUGCGAUUAUAAUCAUGUCUUGUAGCCUUCUGCUGUGAGACCCAUUUGAAUCAAUGGGCAAAACUAAAAAAGCAGAAGGCUGUCUAUCCAUGCAUAAUAGUACAUGGUUACUUGUUACAGUGCUGUACCUUUGGUCCCUGUUGAAGCUAGCAGGAUUCCAUGCAAUCAUAGCGAUCCUGUCAAUGAUAUUGGUUGCUGGUUUAGAACUUCACACAGAAAUAACGAUAUUUUUUUUUUCCCCUCUAAUCCUAGGUAUCACAUUAAGCCUUUCAAAAUACCAUUUGCUUGUUGCACAAGCUUGGGCUUAAGACCAUGAACUGCCUUGGGCUAGAACUGUUUUAUGAAUUUUUUUAAGCCAAGUGAAAGGUACACUGCCAAUAGCCUUUUCUGUCCUGACAAUAAUGGAAAGUGUUCUUUCACAGCUGCUGUUUCAUUACUGUGAAACAACAUUCUUACUUUAAUUUUUUUUUUUUUAGUGUUAUGAAUGCUAUCUUAGAACUAAGGCAAACAGAAAACAAUGGAGUAUUGAGAAAACAGGCUUCCAUUAAUCAUACCAUCUUCUAUUGAUGCUUUUGUUUUAAAAGGUGUGAAUUUGGGUGGGUUAGCUCAGUUCUUGAUCACAUGGGAUUCACAGGCUGUUCCCCAUAACCAUAAGCUAACUAUGAACCAGCAAUGUGGCCUUGUGGCCAAGAAGGCUAGUGGUAUCCUGGGAUGUAUCAAGAAGAGUGUGGCCAGCAUGUCAAGGGAGGUUCUGCUCCCCCUCUAAUCUGCCCUGGUGAGGCCUCAUCUGGAGUACUGUGUCCAGUUCUGGGCUCCUCAGCUCAAGAGGGACAGAGAACUUCUGGAGGGAGUCCAGUGCAGGGCCACCAAGAUGAUCAGGGGACUGGAACAUCUUUCAUAUGGGGAAAGGCUGCGGGAACUGGGGCUGUUUAGUCUGGAAAAGAGGAGACUGAGGGGAGAUCUUAUUUACAUUUACAAAUAUCUAAAUGGUAGUUGUCAGGAGGUUGGGACAUCAUUUUUUUCUGUUGUAGCUAGCAACAGGACAAGGGGUAAUGGGAUGAAGCUGGAACACAACUCUUAAAUACAAGAAAAAAACUUUCACUGUGAGGGUGAGGGAGCAGUGGAACAGGCUGCCCAGGGAGGGUGUGGAGUCUCCUUCCUUGGAGGUUUUCAAGACCCACCUAGACAUGUUCCUAUGUGACCUGAUCUAGGUGAACCUGCUUCUGCAGGGGGAUUGGACUAGAUGAUCUUAAAAGGUCCCUUCCAACUCCUACCAUUGUGUGAUUUUAUAUAGGAUUCAAAGCUGUAUGUUUUUCCUGACUGACAAACCAACAGACAUUGAAAAGCUUAACAGUAACAUAAUAUAGGCUCUUACGGAACUGAAAAAAAAAAACAAACCACAAAACCAAAACAACAACUUACUUUCACUUAUACUGUUUUGUAUAAAAAUAAAAGUUAUCAACAUCAA